AAACUGGGUGUAAGAAGAGAAGCUACAGGUAGAGCAAAAUGGAAAGUGAGAAUAUGACAAUUCCAUGCUUUGAUUUUUGCAAGAGUGGGAUGAGAUUGGAAGAAGGGAGUGAGGAAUGGAAAGAAAUGAGCAAGAAGGUGAGAGAAGCGUGUGAGAAUCACGGUUGCUUCAUCUUGAAGUGUGAUGCGAUCCUCCCCAAGAGUGUUUGUGAAGAAAUGUUUCAUCACAUGAAAGCUUUGUUUGAUUUGCCUGAAGAAACGAAACAACAAUACGUAACUCCAAAGCCUUAUAGGAAGUACAAUGGCAAGAACUCUGUCAUCCCCCUUUGUGAAAGCUUUGGCAUUGAUGAUAUUCCUCUCUCAGAUAAGGCUGAAGCCUUCACUAACCUCAUGUGGCCACAAGGAAAUCCACAUUUCUGUGAGACACUAAAGACCAUGAGCUUGAAGAUGGUAGAGCUAAGUUUCCUUGUCUUGAAAAUGGUAGUGGAAGGUUAUGGUCUUCCCCAACAUUACAUUUCAGAUGCUGAAAACAUGAAAAACUCUAGCUAUUCACGAUUGAUCAAGUACAAAGUUUCUGAAAGCAAUAAUGAAUGUGAAACUUGUCUUCCACCUCACACAGACAGUAGUUCUUUAACCGUUUUAUGCCAGAAAGAUGUUCAAGGACUUCAUGUAUUAUCCAAAAUAGACAAAUGGAUUGAAUUAGAGAUACCCCAUGAUGGAUUUGUAGUCCUUGUUGGUGAUAUACUAAAGGCAUGGAGCAAUGGAAGACUUCAUGCAGUCACACACAGAGUGACGUUGAGAGGAGUGAAAGAGAGAUACUCAUUUGGACUUUUUGCAAACCCAAAGGAAGAGAUGAAAAUUGAGGUUCCCGAUGAGUUGGUGGAUAAUGAGAUUCAUCCUUUACGUUAUCGUCCAUUCAAUUAUGGAGAGUAUUUUAACUACUUUGUUUCAAAUCCCAUUGAAGCUCUUGAAGUGUUCGCAGGUAUUUGAAAGCGAUAUUUAUGAACAGGAGCAAGAGAUUUCUACAUAUAUCUCCUUAUAUAUGUAAUGCAAAAUAAUUAGAGGGACCUUUACAUUAAUAAAACUUUUCACUUCUAUUAUA